AUGAGGAUACGCACCAAGUCUGAUGAGCCUUGUAGCUCCAAAAGUCUGGAGACUCUCUCUCCCGUCUCGCCUCGUAUUGCCAAGAGGAAUGCUAACCUUUUGAAUGGAUUUGAUCUCAAAAAUGGAGGUUCUUAUGCCAAUAAUCAGCUGGGAACUAUCCCCGAAUGCGUUAUAAAACAAACCUACGAGUGUCUACCUGCUUUGAAGACGGCUCUGGAGUCGAAACUCGAAGAUAAAUGGCCUGAAAUAACGGUUAGUUUACAUGUUUCUUAUUUUUAUUUUUAGUACGAUCUCCAAUUCCAAUUAGAACGAAUGUUGGCGGAAAACAUCGAUUAUCAGAAGACCGUCAAUGGUGAAGUUAUGUUUCUGACAACGGGUGAUUAUCCCACGGAUGACCUGACAAAUAGACCGAUGCCGUCUUAUGAUCUUCGUCGAUCGCAAAGUGCGGAAAAGCCCCGGGGUCGAAAACAAAAGAGUGUUCCAUUUGAUGAGCAACCGUCUUGUAGCAAAUUCGAGUGUGAUGAAGAAGAUGCGUAAGUUUGCAUAGCAUGAGGAUUAAAAGAGUUUUAGUGGUUCGGAUGUGGUUACGUCAUGUGGAGAAAUGGAGGAGGAACAGCCGUAUCUUGUACUUGACAUUCCCCAUCGGUUUUGGACAUGGGCCAGGGAAUAUCUUGGUCAUAUAGACGACAAGUUUGUUACACAAUUCAAUAAGGAGUUUUAUCAGCGAUAUCAUCCGGCUUUCAUGAGCGACCUGCUUAUAAAUGGUGAGUGUCCUGCCUUAUUUAUCAUUUAAAAGGUGACAUUUUUAUAUUAGGAUGAUUGAAAAUUUCCUAGCCAUUUUUUGGUGGCGCUUCAAAGCAAAAUUUCUUGAGUCUAAUUGAAUGUGUGUUAAACUGAAAGCUUAGAUGUACGGGUGAGCUCUUCACAACAAUUUUUGGUUGGUUCUGUUUUAUUUUCUGCAAGUUUUCUUUUUGAAUAUUUCAAAAAUAUGGAGAAAUUCUCCGUUUACGUCAUGGUGAACAUGCCGGGGCCUAGCAAUUUUCGAGCUCAGUAAAAAAUAUUGGAUUUAGUGUUAUUUCUACCUGGGGUGCUGUAGUUUCUUGUGAAUGUAUAUCGAUUUGGUUAUAUCUACUCUGGCAUCUUUUGUAGCGUCCCUUGAAGUCUGCCGAAAAGCCGAGUUUCUCGAACAAGGGUAUACAGGUUAUUUUAUGUGGUUCAGCCGGAGGUUCCAAGAUUAAAAAACGAAACUUGUUUUAUCGGGCAAUCUAGGCCUCACAACUUGUUAUGCAUCCCCGGGAUGGAUGUAGAACAGAGCGUCAUGCAUGUAGACUGUCUCGCCCAUUGGUUCGAAUUUUUAAAGAUUUUGAUUAAUUAAGCUUGUUACCCCCUAGAAAAAAGGAUCGAUGCCGUGAAGAAUAAUUACAAAUAUUCCGUUGACUGUCAUGACUCAGCUACUUAUAACUGUUUCAUUUAGCCAAAGACUCAUAUUUCCGAGUCUGAGAAACUCAAUUGAAAAAAAAAAGUUUCGCCGAUAUCGGGCUCCAAAAUUUGAAACGAAAAUGCCAGGUCACAACCACACUGACUAUGGUCCCGACCUAGGUCGUGAGCUUGGUGAGGACCUGACCUAAAAAAGUCUCUUGGUCAUCAUAGUCAAGCAUUGAGACCAUUUUUGGGUAAUUUUAGGCAACCUCCAAGACCUAGGUCACGAGCUUGGUCAUGAGCGACCUAUCCUCCAGUGUGAACAGGGAGUAACCCCCCUUGGCUAGCUGGUCAACCAAUUUUGCAACAUUGAAUGUAAAUAUUGGUCCGAUGCCGGAUCUGCCCCAAACGAAGGGUUGCGGAAAAAGGAUGUAUAAAAAUCAAAGUAUUUUUACUUGAAUAAUGACCAAUAUCAUAUGCGUUAUUGUCAGAUUUGUCGGAUUUUCUACCCAAAGUGCCCGUUUAUUUUGUGAAAUAGUUAGAAACAAGAAUAGAUUCCCCAAAAGAUAAAUUUACACAAAAUUUGCUGGAAUUGAGCUGGACACAAAAAGGUUCUCAUUUGCGAACAGCGAAAAAAAAUUCGUACUGCAAAAAAUAAUUUCAUUGUUUUCAGAGCCUUUUAAGUACAAUGGAAAUGGAGUCAAAGCUGCAAAAUCCAAUGGAGUCUCUAAUGGAACUCCAAAAAGAUUGAGUGUAUGUAAUGGUAAUGGUGCUCCAAAAUUGAGCGGGAUUGAGAAUGGGUAUGUUAAUGUUGAGGUAUCACGCAGAAUUUUAGCGUAAGUAAGGCAAAUGGGAACGGAAAUCCGGCUGUGUUUGGUCUCAUGAAGAAUCUAGUUUCGGCUUACACUGAUGAAUUCAAACCAUCUCCCAAGAAAGGCAAAUGUGAGUUCUAAAAUUAAUUGCGCAAUUAUUAUUUUUAGUGGAGUCGCCGUUAUCUAAGAAAAGAAAGUUUGAUUUUCUGAAUGGAUAUAACGGAUAUUCAAACGGAAUUGAAAACGAAAAGAAAGAGCCCGUCAAUGAAAAUGAGUUAAUGGAAAUGGCAGCUGCCUUAACGGAUUGUUUGGGACCUAUUAGUAUGAUGCCAGAGUACGAAUCAGAGGAAUCCAGGGAUUCUUUCGCUGUGUCUUCGACCUCAAAGGAAGCGUUAUCAACUGAGAAUGUCGUUGAAAGCAUUGAAAAGAAAGAUCUUGAUGAAUUUACAUUCCUGAAGAUUAAUGAAGAUGGUAAAGAUGGAGAUCAGAAAUGGGACGAGGUCUCGUUGGAGCUUUUGAAUGUUCAGUCCAAGUUGGAUAAACUUUUACGUAAGACGACACCUAUUCUGGAGCGAUGCAAACAUGGAUUGGAAUCUGAAUUGGCCCACUCAAUAAGUACCAGAGAGCUGAACAAGGCGGAUGAAAAGGUAUUUUACUUAUUUUUACGGUAACACUUUUUUGGGCAUCGUUAUUCAUUGUCGGCAAUACUAUUGUUUUAGUUAUUCUCCAUUGUGGAUGAUCUCUCAGUUGGACGGGCCACUUUCGAAGAUUGUGUAAAGGCCUGGAAUGACCGACAGAAGUCGUUUGUGAAACAUUACUGUAACUCCGUUGUGCCCGUGGACCAGGACGAUCAGUAUGAAUCUGACUGGUCCGAGGAAUUUGCGAUGGAUUCUUCCCCUCCCCGGCUUUCCAAACACUAA